AUGAGGAAACAAUUCGGGCUCGACUACUUCCGCAACACGACCUUCAUAUUCUACGACGUCGAGGUUAUGGAUAAGUGGUUGGAGGUGCUGACACCUGGCGGACGAGGAAUGCUGAGGUCGCUGAGCAUCGAACGGGGCGCUGGCGACAGGAAGAUGGACCAUCGAGACAUCACAGCUGUCGACGCGCUCAUUGACGAUUACGGUCUGGGCAACACGACCGAGGAUGACCGGCCUCCCCUCUUGCUAGACCUUGAGGUCACUGACCACCGACUGGUCAUCACCCUCUUCUGA